AACUCGUAGGUGAACUCCUGUGGAGGUUUUGAAGGCAGCAUGAGAGCUGCUGUCACAGGAAAUUAAUCAACACCUUCUGACCAAUCAGAAUCGAGAAUUCAACCAAACUGGUUUUGUUUUUAAACGAAGAUCUAAAACAAUCAGGAUAAAGUGUGGUUAAAGUUUAUCAUGGAUCACUAAUGAAAUAGGUAUAUGUCGGAAAUUUCCGGAAAUCUGGGAGCCAAUCAGUGACCGUCAGGGUGCUCAGGUGUACUCAGGUGUACUCAGGUGUGCAGCGCGAGACUUCAUUUAGCCACUUCAUUGUGCCCCCUGGAGCACAGCUUCCUGGUGCGGAGGCGGAUCUCUGCUCUUCUCUUCUCAGCUCUUCUCAUCUCGGUGUUGGAAAUGGAGCCUGCGACAGAAACCACCAACACAGGCGUGCACGUGCGGGAUGACCUCGCCGAGAAAUGCCAAAAACUAUUCCUAGAGUUUUUGGAGGAGUUUCAGGAUAAAACUGGCGACCCGCUGUAUUUAACAGAAGCUCAGGAGCUGAUCCGACCAGAGAGAAACACUCUGACUGUGAGCUUCACCAACGUUGAACGUUAUAAUCAACAACUGGCGACCACCAUUCAGGAGGAGUACUACAGGGUGUACCCGUUUCUCUGUAGAGCAGUGCGCCACUUCGCUCGGGACCACGGAAACAUCCCGCCAUCCAAAGAGUUCUACGUGGCCUUUUCUGGUUUUCCUUCAAGACAAAAGAUCCGCGAGCUUUCGACUGCACGUAUCGGCACUCUGCUGCGUAUCAGCGGACAGGUGGUGCGUACACACCCUGUUCACCCAGAGCUGGUGAGCGGUACGUUCCUCUGCCUCGACUGCCAGUCCAUCAUUAAAGAUGUGGAGCAGCAGUUCAAAUAUACGCAGCCUACCAUCUGCAAGAACCCUGUGUGUGCCAACCGACGCAGGUUCAUGCUGGACACCAAUAAGUCACGCUUUGUCGACUUCCAAAAGGUGCGUAUUCAGGAGACUCAGGCGGAGUUGCCCCGGGGAUCUAUCCCACGCAGCGUGGAGGUGAUUCUGAGGGCCGAGGCUGUGGAGGCCGCGCAAGCCGGAGACCGCUGUGACUUCACCGGGACUCUCAUUGUGGUCCCAGAUGUGUCUGCCAUGGCUCUCUCAGGCACCAGGGCAGAGACUAGCAGCAGAGUGACUGGAAAGGAAGGUUUUGAGGCUGAUGGGAUCCAAGGCUUAAAGGCUUUGGGAGUCCGAGAGCUGUCCUACAGACUCGCCUUUCUGGCAAACAAUGUUGCUCCGACGAACCCCAGGUUUGGAGGGCAGGAGCUGCGCCAGGAAGACCAGAGUGCAGAGAGUGUGAAGAAUCAGAUGACCGUGCAGGAGUGGGAGAAAGUGUUUGAGAUGAGCCAGGACAAGAACCUCUACCACAACCUGUGCACCAGCCUCUUCCCUACCAUCCAUGGGAAUGAUGAAAUCAAGCGUGGGAUAUUGCUCAUGCUUUUCGGUGGUGUCGCCAAGACCACCAUGGAAGGAACAUCUCUAAGAGGAGACAUCAAUGUUUGCAUUAUUGGUGAUCCCAGUACUUCCAAAAGCCAAUUUCUCAAGCAUGUUGAAGACUUUGUUCCCAGGGCUGUGUAUACGAGCGGUAAAGCCAGCAGUGCCGCCGGUCUCACCGCCGCUGUGGUCAAAGACGAGGAGUCACAUGAGUUUGUCAUAGAAGCUGGAGCCCUCAUGUUAGCUGAUAAUGCAAUAUGUUGUAUUGAUGAGUUUGAUAAGAUGGACUUGAAGGACCAAGUGGCCAUCCAUGAAGCCAUGGAGCAGCAGACCAUCUCCAUCACUAAGGCUGGAGUCAAGGCUACUUUGAAUGCCCGCACGUCAAUCUUGGCAGCAGCCAAUCCCAUUGAUGGCAGGUACAAUCGCUCCAAGUCUCUGAAGCAGAACGUCAACAUGUCCGCCCCCAUCAUGUCCAGAUUUGACCUCUUCUUCGUUCUGGUGGACGAAUGCAACGAGGUGACCGAUUACGCCAUAGCCAGGCGGAUUGUCGACCUCCAUGCCAGGAAUGUGGAGUCUGUAGAACGUGUCUAUGCUGCAAAAGACAUCCAGAGAUAUGUACUGUUUGCCCGACAGUUUCAGCCAAAGAUCACCCCAGAAGCCCAGGAGUUUGUCGUGGAGCAGUACAAGCGACUGCGUCAGAGAGACGGAGGCGGCACGUCCAAAUCGGCUUGGAGAAUCACGGUGCGGCAGCUGGAGAGCAUGGUGCGCCUGUCUGAGGCCAUGGCCCGUCUCUACUGCUCAGACGAGGUUCAACCUAAACAUGUAAAAGAAGCAUUUAGACUCCUGAACAAGUCAAUCAUUCGUGUCGACUCGCCCGAUAUCAACUUUGACCAGGAACAAGAUGAAGAUAUGAAUGAUCAGAGUGGGCUUUUGACUGGGGAGAUGGAGGGUCAAAAUGGCGUUGCUGGCGAUGCAGAGGAGGCCAUGGACACCGGUGAGACAGAGCGGCAAGAGAAGACUGCUACAGCCAAACUGGCUCUCCGCAUGUCCUUCGCAGAGUACCGCCGAAUCUCCAACCUGUUGGUGCUGCACAUGCAGAAAAUGGAGCAGUUGGAUGAAGAGUCGUCUCUAAAGAAGAGCGAGCUCAUCAACUGGUACCUGAAGGAAAUUGAGAGUGAGAUUGAGUCUGAGGCUGACCUCAUUGCCAGGAAGAAUCUUAUCGAGAGAGUGUUGCAUCGGUUGGUCCAUUAUGACCAUAUCAUCAUAGAGUUGACCAAAACUGGCCUAAAGAAGGUCACAGAUGAAGGAGAAGAGCCUGUUCUGGAGGAAGACCCUUUCCUAGUGGUUAAUCCUAAUUAUGUAUUGGAAGACUAGCGGAGAGUGGUAUUGAUUUUGUCUUUUUUCCACCCCUUCUUGGCUAUUUAUUAUUUAUUGUUCAUGAUGUGAUGAAUAAAUUAAAAGUGGGAACAUAGGUC